AUGCGCGCAGUACCGCGAGGUCCUACGUCGCAGGGGAUCGACCCCAGGCGCCCCACUCACUGGAAGGGUCAACCUCACCCGCAGGCGCUCCGGCGCCCCCGGGGAGGGGCCGCCCCCACCACGCUCUGCUCCGGGAGAAGCGGGAAGCAGGGCGGGAGCCCCGCAGGUGCGCAGGGCGCCGCGAUGGGCGGGAGACCUCAGGGCGCGCGGCGGGGCGCGCAGGUGGAGCGGCCCAGAGCUCCGAGUUCCCCGGGGGUGGUCAAGGGUGCGAGCUGGUCCCCGGCGGCCACGCCCACCGGCCCGAACUGGGAUCGUGGGGGUCGCAGGGAACGUGUAUGGCGAGGAUGUGCUGGCGCGGCCCGGGAACAGCUUUCCUUUCGGUCGGUGACCUCAGAGGACACGCUGCCUCUGGUUCGACCCCAUCCAUCGGACCCCAGCCCGGGAGCCCGGGGCCAGGCCCGCCGAGGCCGGGGCGGUUUUUCUCUCCCUUGGGGAGGGAGGGCGGUUGGUGGCCCCGGCGUCGUUUGGUCCCCCCUCCUGGCCUCUUCCUGA